AAUCACUUACUUUACUAUAUCUUUUUUUUGCAUAGAAAAAAGAAGGGGAAUAUUGAUAUAUAUUAGAGGGUAUUGAUAUAUAUUAUGAUCUGAUGUGCUUUCUUGGUAUCCUAAAUAUAAGAUUAAUACUUCAAGUUGCUGAGUUGAGAAAGAGAUGGUUGAAUCAAAAGAAUUCCUUUUUUGAAGUUCAAUUUUUAUCAGAGGACAAUAUGAAUAUUAUACCUUGUUCCAUUAAAACACUCAAGGGGUUAUACGAUAUAUCGGGUGUAGAAGUAGGCCAACACUUCUAUUGGCAAAUAGGAGGUUUCCAAAUUCAUGCCCAAGUACUCAUCACUUCUUGGGUCGUAAUUACUAUCUUGCUAGGUUCAGUUGUCAUAGCUGUUCGGAAUCCACAAACCAUCCCGACCGACGGUCAGAAUUUUUUUGAAUAUGUCCUUGAGUUUAUUCGAGACUUGAGCAAAACUCAGAUUGGAGAAGAAUAUGGUCCCUGGGUUCCCUUUAUUGGAACUAUGUUCCUUUUUAUUUUUGUUUCGAAUUGCUCGGGUGCUCUUUUACCUUGGAAAAUUAUAGAGUUACCCCAUGGGGAAUUAGUAGCGCCCACGAAUGAUAUAAAUACUACUGUUGCUAUAGCUUUACUCACAUCAGCGGCAUAUUUUUAUGCUGGUCUUAGCAAAAAAGGAUUGAGCUAUUUUGAGAAAUAUAUUAAACCAACUCCAAUCCUUUUACCAAUUAACAUCCUAGAAGAUUUCACAAAACCAUUAUCGCUUAGCUUUCGACUUUUCGGGAAUAUAUUGGCGGAUGAAUUAGUCGUUGUUGUUCUUGUUUCUUUAGUCCCCUUAGUAAUCCCUAUACCGGUCAUGUUUCUUGGAUUAUUUACAAGCAUUAUUCAAGCUCUUAUUUUUGCAACAUUAGCCGCAGCCUAUAUAGGUGAAUCCAUGGAGGGUCAUCAUUGAAUUGACUCUUUUUGGAAAUAGUAUUUUUUUUGCAGCUUAGCUCAAUUCAUGCAUGGUUCCAGAUAAUCUGCUUGGUUGCAAAAAAAUAGUUAGAAAUGCGUAUGAAUAUAUAGCCUAGAGUUGUAGGAGAGAGAAUAGAAGACUAUAUUAUGGAAUUUUCAAAGUAUAUAUGCAUUAAGGAGGGUGGAGUCAGGCUAGAUCUAUACUAUAAUAUCCUUAAUGUCUAUAAGUGGAGUCCUCUUUUAUGCAGGUUUCCACUUUAAGCAAUGAGUUUAGAAUCCGAUUCAAUAGAAAAUGAGAAAAUAUGCAAACAAAAAAGAAGAAACAAAUGUAUAUAUAUAGGAUAUUAUAUUAUAUAUUCCUAGGUUAGAUUCAUUAUCUAAUCCGAUAUAUGGAUAUGGAAUUCCCUUCUAUGUAGUUCGGACAAUUCACAUUAUCAUUUCAAUUUGAUUUCAAUUUGUACUUUUUAGUUACUUUACUUCUCCCCAAUAGAGCUUAGCAGUAAGAAUUUAUUAGUUGAUUGUAUCCUUAACCAUUUCUUUUUUUUGACACGAGGAACUACUCACCAUGAAUCCACUAAUUGCUGCUGCUUCUGUUAUUGCUGCUGGAUUGGCCGUAGGGCUUGCUUCUAUUGGACCUGGAGUUGGUCAAGGUACUGCUGCAGGACAAGCUGUAGAAGGUAUUGCGAGACAGCCAGAAGCAGAAGGUAAAAUACGAGGUACUUUAUUGCUUAGUCUAGCUUUUAUGGAAGCUUUAACAAUUUAUGGACUAGUUGUGGCACUAGCGCUUUUAUUUGCGAACCCUUUUGUUUAAUCUUAAAAAAAAAAUAUUUCGAUUUCGAUUAGAUACUUUUUUCUUUUUUUAGUAAAUUGGUAUUUGCUUCCGCAAUUCCAAUUAUAUCAAUACUUUAUUUCAUUUACUCCUAUUUAUUACUCCUGGAAUUAUCUAUUUAUUGGGACAGAUAAUACCCCAUUCUAGGAAGGGCUGAGUUGAGUAUUAUUAAUUUAGAAGAUAUGCUCACCUUCUUAUUUCCCGUCCUUAGUUUAGGAAAGUGGAAAGUUUUUUCCUUUUAUUUUAGGAAUUUUGGGAACAGAACAUUUCAACAAAGGAAGUCUUUCACCGGUCAAACAAGACGUAAGACUUAAUCUAAAAGAAAUUACUAGAUUUAAUCUAUUUGCAUUAAAAAACCGAUCAAAAAAGGGCGAGCGAAGUAAGUGAUUGAAAAACUUUGUUCUUUGUUCGUCCUAUCUAUAAGAGGAGAGCAUAUGAAAAAUGUAACCCAUUCUUUCGUUUUUUUAGCUCACUGGCCAUCCGCUGGCAGUUUCGGGCUUAAUACCGAUAUUUUAGCAACAAAUCUAAUAAAUCUAACUGUAGUGGUUGGUGUUUUGAUUUUUUUGGAAAGGGAGUGUGUGCGAGUUGUCUAUUUCAAGAAUAGAUUGGAUCUAUCCGGCUGCACUUUAUAAUAUUUUUUAGUAUUUUUCGGAUAAAUAAGAAAAGGGCGCACGAUCUCGACGAAUUACUUCUGAAUAAAUUCAGAAAUCAUAUGGAAGAACCAUAGCAUUUCGCGACUCAUUGGUAAAUCAACUUUGAUUCUCUAUAAACCAAGAAUGUGAGACCAUUAACACGGUUAAAGCUAAACUGCUUGAAGUCCAGGCAAAAAAAGGUACUCUUUCUACAACUAUAUUAGUAUUAGUACCGAAUUUAAACGGGAAAUAGCUAAUGUAAAAUUUAUCUGAUAUAGAACACUCAUAUUGGUAAAAUGGUUUGAACUAUUUACUAGAAAAAAAAGGGGGCACCCUGCCCUUUUUUAACCAAUGCCGAAUCGACGACCUAUGUAUAAAAAAGAGAAAUUUUUUGGAUUUGAAGAAAAAAAAGAAUUCUAUUAAUUUUCAUUUUCCAUUUAUUUAGUUAGUUUUUCUUAAUGAAAUUGAAAUUAUUAACUAGAGGGCAAAUAAAAA